AUGUCAAGACCUCCAUCCGCGACAGACAAUACCUGGUCAGGACCCCUGGUGACACCUGAUGCAUCUGCCCAAUAUGAUUGCUCUGAAGGGCCCGACCUCCCGCGCGACCAGCAGCGGCGCCACAACGAUACUCGGAGCCAGCUCAUACAUCAAGAUGCCCAGCAAGCUCCUUCUCCAUCCCGCGCAGAAUCUCCCACGGCUCAUCAAUGGGCUAAGCCCGCCUCUACCUUUCCUCUAAAACGGCCCACUGCAGCCCCCGUGGAAAGGCUGUCCCGUCCCGACCGCUCUCAUAGCCCACAGUUGUCUGAGAGAGAUAGCAUCUUCGCAACUCAUUAUCUGCCUUCCGAGACCGACCCUAGCACCACCCCGCGAUUAUCGCCUUCAGAAGAUACAAAUCAUGAACCACCUGCAAGUCUGACUCCUCUGCUUGAGGAUGUGUCUGCUUUUGCUUCUUCGGAUUCUCCUCACAAGGUCAUUCCCCGCUCUAAUCGCGUCGGCACCUCCCACAUGGAAGUUGACGUCCGCAGGAAGCAUCCGCUAGACACUCCUUCUUUGCUUCCGCCGGGGGUCCCGCAUUCUACCCCUCUGCUCCCGGUAGACUCGGACACCAUUGUGGACGAGCAAUCGGGGUUGGCACAUCGGAGUGCCCCAUUUUCUGCAUGGGAGAGCUUGCAACCCCUUAGAAAAGUUUCUUCUGAUGGUGCUGCUAACAAGCCGGCUGCGUUGGCGGAUCAUCUAGCCCAUCGCAGUCUUUUGUCAGCCUCCCUUCAUGAUGCGCCAUUGCCGCCAUUGCCGCCAUUGCCACCCUUACACUCCUCUGUCUCUUCGCCUGGCGUGCACUCUCCUGUAACCAGUGUCGACACAGCCCACCAUGCCUGGUCGAUGUCGCAACCACAUGAGGGCACACGUGAGAACAGACCGGAACGAAGUUCGAGUCGUAGCCGGCGUGGCAGAGUCGAGCAAUCAAUCGAAGCCAACCUGGCAAAUGCGGAACCCGCCUCCCAUGUGCGCAGCCGUAAGUCGAGUCACUACUUAGGCUUGUUCAAGGAAAACACUACCUCUCCUGAUCGUAAAAGAAGAGAGGAACGCGCCGGCAGACACGAUGAUUCCACAGAGCCGAAUGAUCCACACCAUCGGGUCACUCAUUCGGAGCCUCGCUUUGCCCUGGAGCAUUGUGACUCCCCACUGGAGGCUUCAUUCCCGUCUGACGAAGGGGAACUCAGAAACACCAAGAGUUUGUCGCAACUAUCGCUCGCUGAUGCUCCACUGAUCUUGCCAAGUAUAGAAAGUGAUAUAAGUCAGAUGAGGCACGGGGACAACUUCAAGAAAUCAAAGCCUCGGGCUCUACCCCGAAGCCUUCUAGAGGAGAUCCGCAACUUUCACCUCACACCCGGCGGAGCCCGUGGCACUUCCUUUUCACGGAGUAUCCCUACCCAAUUCGCUGAGAGGGGGCGAGACUAUUUCUCCAAAGACCAUGCAAGCCAAGGCAUUCUGGGUUCUCACCUGUCCGGAUCUGACUCGGACCGGGAACAGCGUCGUCCUUUGGAAGAGGAAGAGGAUGAACAAAUAUCCUCUGCCGUCUAUUUCCCUCAUGAGCGUGUCACGAUAGCAGAAGAGGUCGAUUCCAUCCCGCCGUAUGCGGACACUGAACAUGGUGGGGCUCCAAUCGAUAUCUCGACUGCGCAGAAUGGCCACGUUCGGAUGCCAAAGAGACAGGUUUCUGAUGACCUGGAAGGUAAUCAUGUGGACAUAUCUCUUCGCUCUAAAAAUGAUAGUAGAAUCCUCCACGGCGACCUACAGGGCAUGCAGAGUGCUCCAAUAGAAGAACUUAAUGAAGAGCCUCAUGCUUCCAUUCCCGAGCGCACCACUGAUUAUUAUUCGACAUGCGAAUCUGAGUUUGCAUCCGCUGAUGAUAGUGGGAUGUCUGUUCGGGACGAGGAAUCGAGCUUGACAGACGAAGCUGAUGUCACGCCCACUGCCACCCCAACCCAGGGCCCGAGGUUUCCUCGUGCGCGGCGCAAGCAUAGUAACGCCGCACCUCUCGGCGCAGUGGAGCUCAAACCCUAUCGUCAUCAACUCAACAACAGGGAGAAUGAAUUCUACGAGCGCAUUGAGCGCCGACACCCCGAAAUGCUGAUGUUUCUGCCAAGAUACAUUGGCGUUCUCAAUGUCACUUUCUCAAAGACACCAAAGCGACCCAAGGAUACGACUAAAACCAACGGAGAACACAGAGACACCAACCAUACUGCGAGCAAUUCUAACCCUGCUGACAACAAAGACUCAACGGCUGCAAAUAGCUCAUGCCCCUCUAAGGACACCAAUCAGCCACGUAUCUUCAGUCAGAAGCAGGUCACUGGCAUCAUACCGCAAGUGAUACUGGAAAACAACAGACAUAUUAUUCCAGCAGAUCUAUUCUCUCAUUGUCAGCGUCCAAGGACUGCCGAUGGGUCGAUGACGCAGCGACGCUUCUCGACCGGAAUUGAAUCCAUGUCAAGCCGACAAAACGGACAUGAAUGCUUGGCUGAUGGUCCACUAUCUCCCCAGGUGCUUAAAAAGAAGCAGUGGGGCGCGACCACUGUCAACAGACAGUUGCAAGAGCAAGUACUCCGUGAAGUCUUCAGUCCCCCUGCUGUGCACCAUCACCGACGCCACGCACGUGGUCAUCUGAACCUGCCAAGGACAUCAUCAGACGGCAUUCGCCGUAGAGUUAAUCUCUCUGAAGACCGAACUUUGAGUCGUCGUACUGCUUCUGUUGAAGACGCGCCGACGCUCGCUGCUGGCAUCGACAUUGCAAAGCAGACAAAUGACGGGCCGGGGCUGUCUUCAUCGGCAUCUACGGCCUUGGAUGCAGGCCACAGUCGACUUGAGAAGGUCAGAACUGAAGAGUCCCCCCCCCGUGCUAGUUCACUUUCGCGAAGUCGGCCCAUGAGGCGCCGCCGUUCAGGGAGCGGAUUGCAGAGACGGGGCAGCUUAGGCUCUGGACAAGGUGGAGGCGAGCUGCUGUUUUAUGACGACGAUGGGUACGGAGGCGACAAGGAAGACGGUGUCUUCCCAAUGGAGGGCGAUGUAUCCGUCAAAUCGCCAUCAGGACGUCGAAUGACUAACCAAUUCGGACCGCCUCUCCCCAACCUCAAGACUGCUGUUGCCGCCAAGCCUGCCGACCAGACCUUGAUUGAACCUUCGGAAGAGGGCUCUAGGCAUGAUGAUCACGUACUGCUCCCCUCCAAUCCCAAAGAAGCGCAGACACGGAAGGAUGACAGGGUUCAAUUUUUCCUGUUGCUGGAGGAUUUGACAGCCGGCAUGAACAAGCCUUGCGUCCUCGAUCUAAAGAUGGGAACGCGUCAGUACGGCAUUGAGGCUGAUGAGAAAAAGCGUAAAUCUCAACGACGCAAGUGCCAGUCAACAACUUCCCAGCAGCUAGGUGUCCGUUUGUGUGGUAUGCAAACGUGGAAUGUGAAGAAACAAGAGUACUCAUUCGAGGACAAAUACUUUGGUCGCGAUCUAAAGGCUGGGCGUGAAUUCCAGGAUGCUCUUACCCGAUUUCUUUACGAUGGUGCUAGUCAGCGAAGCGUGACAAAGAAGAUUCCUGUCAUCCUUGAGAAAUUGGCACGACUGGAGAAUAUGAUCAGAAGGCUCAAGCGUUAUCGCCUGUAUGCCAGCAGCCUUCUGAUCCUCUACGAUGGUGACCCAAACCCGACAGAUGGAGCUACCCAAGUCAAUGGUCGGUCAGGGUCCGGCACCAUGCGAGAUAACUUGCAACGUCGGAGCUCUGAUGAUGGCUAUCUAGAUGUGCAGCUGAAAAUCGUGGACUUCGCAAACUGUGUCACAGGCGAGGACGAGAUUUCUCCCGACGCUCCUUGUCCGCCCCAGCAUCCCGACGAUAUUGAUCGUGGUUACUUACGCGGUCUUCGGACUCUACGAAUGUACUUUCAACGGAUCUUGAAAGAAGUCAGCCACGAUGACUACAUAGAAAGAGGCGAGGGUGAGGCUAUUGCUCUCGGAUCUCGACACUCGGACCAAGACGAAUCAUCGGAGCGGUUUUGGGAUGAAAACGUCAUGGAGAGUGAUCCCGGCGAGGUCAGCUUUUAG